UAUAAAACAGAGCGCACAAGAACGCAAUUUUGAAUUCUGAUUCAGCAGAGGCACAACCACGCACUUAUAUAUACUAUGCCUUCAUAAUACGAGUACAUACUCUUUUUUAAGGCAAUAUUCAUCAAUACUUUUUGAGCAUUUCUUUUCAUUUCCCCCUUUACACUAAUUUCUAAAAGAAACUGCGAAAUCAAUUUUUGUUUAAUUGAUUGUAUUUGCUGCUAACUUUUGCUCUAUGAAGAUUAAUACUAAUAAAAUUUCUCAAAUCAGAUCAGAUUCUAUUUUAAUUCCAAAAAAUGGAAAAUAUAUUUUGAUUAUAUGAAAGUUAAACUCUUUCAAUCGUAUAACCUAACUAUUAUUUUUCAGAGAGUUAUUCAUUUCAUUUCACUUCAACUGCAAACGUCUGCAAAAAAUACACCGUGAAAGAUCUUGCGUGAUCAACUUUAGCUAGACAGCAAGCAUUCUACGUAGCUCCUUAUGUUUGAUCACACCAAUCAACUUCACUUUCGCUCUCUUCCCCUGACCAAACCAUAAACAAAUCGCAAACUGAGUUAAAAUUCCAGUCAUAGUUGAAGAAGCAACUUCCGGGAAACAAUUACGAAUCAAAAUUAGUCUGACAUUAAAAAUGGACCAAAGCAACGCCGAUACUGAGAUUUCUGGGCCACAAAAUAAUCCGAAUGUGGAAUCAAAAUAUUCACAAACCGAUAUCACUCUCAAAGAUGACUUCAAAAUAUCCGGCAAAAUAGUCAAAAAUUUACCCAGAACAAAAGGCGAAGCAGAACUCUAUUCGGUUCUAAAAAAGGCAAACCUGUUGGACUACUUUCAAAACUUCUUAUCACAAGGUGGGGAUGAUGUUCAGCAAAUUUGCGAGGCCGGAAAAGAAGAAUUUUUAGAAAUUGUUUCUCUGGUCGGAAUGUCGACAAAACCUCUGCACGUGAGACGGCUCCAGAAAACCCUGCAAGACUGGGUCACUAACUCUGCGUCAUUUUCAAACGAUCAAUUCAAAAUACCAAACAGUUUAGUCCCAAAAUGCUCGUAUAUUGAUGAAAAUGAGCAAAAAUCAAGUUGUAUUAUUCAGCCAAACGAUUCAAGCAUGAACAAUGCUCAUGUACUUAACUUAAGUAUGAGUCACAGUUCCACGAACGGCUCUUACGACAAUCACGGUUUCAGUAUCUACAAUAACGGGGCACUUGUAUCUUCAGAAGCGAUCGCUUCGCCUGCUAUUUCAGAAGAAAGUUCAUCUCUUUCGACGGUCGAUCAUUCGCCUCCAAUUUUACAAAUGAGCAGCGGGUUUCAAGUCGAAAGCCGAGAACACUCGAAACGACCCAAGCAGGGAAAGAAAGCAAAGUACUUGAAGCGAGCUCUUUCGGUAGACACUGAUAAUCAAGGCGACGGAGUGUUUGUGGUGACAGGCAACUCAGAUAUCAGCAGUGAAGGGUCAGAAGCUAUGUCAUCGCCACUAAGCUUAGGCUCCGACGACGAAUACACGAUCACUGAUGAAGAACUGAGCCAGAUAAAAGAAAAGGCAAAAACUUUGGUCCAGGCCGACCAAGAAUCACGAAAGAACAGAUAUGACGAACAGCAGACUUCAAACUAUACCCUCUCGACCAAAUUCAACAAACAGUUACAGCGCGAGAUCAACGAUGCAAUGAAAAUUAACGAAUCAGAUGUCAGCCGUGAAAUUGUAUUCCGAAAACAUUCGGCGAUCUACGGUCGUUUCGAUUCCAAAAGAAAGCCGGGUCGGCGUCUAUCACCUCACGAAGCUGCAAUAAAUGAAGCGUCUGCUCAAAUUUGCCUCCUCGACAAGUCGUUUCUGGUUCGUCGAGACGAGCUUUUUAUGAUGUGCAGACAGACGCUCAAAGAGAUAGCUUUUCAAGGAAAAAAACAAUCCCGAAAUGCUAAAAAGGUCAAACUUGCGAAAACAGAAAACGUAUCGGCAAACAGUCCAACAUGUUCUGACGUUUUAACUCAAAUGGAUUCUAACGCAAAAGAUACUACAAAUACUGUAUGUGAACAAUCACUUUUGACAUUCAAUCCAAACCAAGUUGCCUCAACCGAUGCCAGUCAAGGCAGCUCCACUUUUUUGCAAUCUCAAAAAGCUUCAUCUCUCGAGAUGAAAAUUGAAGCUCUAAAUAACCGAAUAGCGACUGGCAACCACUUUGAAACUAGCAUCAACAGUAACAGCGUUGUCAAUACAGGACUAGUAAAUAAUAUGACUACAAGCAACGCCAUGUUCAAUGAUGGAACAUUCACACCCCUUUUGGCUCAAGGAGCGUCCCCGAACUUAUUGGCCAACCAGUUUGCAAGCACCCUUCAACCAGUCAAUAUGUCAAAUUUCAGGGCUCAUUUCUGGCCUUCGGGUACGGGAAACCCAGAAAUAAACUUUUUACAUUCGGCAUUAAAUAUGGCACACGCAAACUCAGCAGGGCCAGUCGGAAUUCCCAUGCAAGUGAACAAAUUAGAGCCCAUUUCACCUUAAGGCCCAAACUAAACUCGAUGCAUUCACACGCAAAACAAAUUGAAACUUUCUCCUUAACUAUUCUUUUUUUGUUCUGCAAUCUUUUUCUGUUUAUAAAUAUUACAAAAAUUUCCCAUGUUUCUUGAUAUGAACCAAGAAUGUUGCACUGGUGCAGUUUAUUUUAUGUUAAUUUUUU